AUGGAGCUCCCUCGUCAAUUGGGGAUGUUGAAGAUGAUACAGCAUUACGUAGGUCGGUCGGAAAGUUCGGGGCCGGUUCCCGCUCCAGCGACGGCCCGCAGCGGCGGAUUUUGUGGUUUAGCUCCCUCCUUCCAGCGAUCACGAUGCCCAAACUCCGCCCUUGCACAACACCAAGCCUCGGCCGCCCGACUUCUACAUACUGCGCGCAACCAGCAGGACCAGCGCAGCCUUGCACUGCGAUGGGGACCCCAUGUGCGCGUCAACGGCCCUGGGCUGUCGCAGUUAUUGCACGGCCGCCGUCUUCGGUCUCGCCGCCUCAAUCUCAAUCUGCGUGUGCUCGGCGUUGAAGACUGCGUCCCGUCAGUAUCCGUCCUGGAAAGUACAGCUGCAACGGCCAACUUACCCAGCUCCAUCUCCUCGAGCGAGCGUCCUUUGGUCUGCAGUGCCAGGUCAGCGGUCGUCUUCUCACCAGUCGAGCAGCUUGGCCGCUUCGCACGCCACACGAACGCACCUCCUUGA